GCCAAUGGGAGCGGGCGUCUCAUGGGCCCAAUGGGAGGCGGCCUCGCGGCUGAGCCGAGGAAGCUGGAGCGGCGGCGGCGGCGGCGGCUGGGAUCGGGCCGCCUGGGCGGAGAGCGCGAGCGCGACCCCGGAGCGGGGGCCCCGGCGAGAUGUCUCUGUGCCAGUGUGCGGGGAAGCACAGCGACUCCGACAUGGAGGGCUGCUGCUUCUCGGCGGGCGGGGGCCUGAAGGUGUACCUGCACUGGAGCGGCGAGGAGGAGGAGCGGUGCCAGACCUACACGCAGGGGGUGCUGAGCGCAGAGGAGAUCUGCAUCGCCAUUGCCCAGAAAAUCGGGAUCACGCCGCUCUGCUACAGCCUCUUCGCGCUCUGUGAUGUGCAGACCAGAGUCUGGCUCCCUCCCAACCAUGUGUUUGAAAUCAGCAAAGACACCAACCUGAAUCUGCUCUUCCGCAUGAGGUACUACUUCCGCAACUGGCAUGGCAUGAGCGACAGAGAGCCGGCCGUUUACCGCAACGUUCCCCGGCAGAGCGACGCCCUGGAGGACAAGCUGCAGGGCGGGGCGCUUCUGGACAAGUCGUCCUUCGAGUAUCUCUUUGAGCAGGGGAAAUACGAGUUCAUUAAUGACGUUGUGUCUCUGAAAGACCUUCAGAGCGAGCAGGAGAUCCACCGGUUUAAGAACGAGAGCUUAGGCAUGGCUGUCCUUCACCUCUCUCACAUGGCUCUCAAACGAGGCGUCUCUCUCGAAGAAGUGGCCAAAAAAACCAGCUUCAAGGGCUGCAUCCCGCGCUCCUUCUGCCGGCAGAUCCAGCAGAACAACUACCUGACCAAGUUCCGCAUGAGGAACGUCUUCAGGAAGUUCGUGCAGCGCUUCCAGCGGCACACGGUCAGUGCGGGGAAGCUGACGGAGCAGGACGUCAUGUACAAGUACCUGGCCACCUUGGAGAACCUGGCCCCCCGCUUCGGGAGCGAGCUCUUCCCCGUCCUUUCCUUGGAGGCGGCCUCCGAGGGCGAGAAGGUGCUGCUCUAUGUCAAUGGAGGGCACGCGCAGCUGGAGGACGGCUGUGCCUCCUCUCCCAGGGACAGGCCCGCCACCCAUGAAGUCCUGGUCACCGGCACGGACGGGAUUCAGUGGCGGACUGCCCCUGUUGAGAGUGCAGAAAGCCUCCCCCCCCGGGGCUAUUUUGGGAGGAAGACCAGGGCCAAAGAGCCAUGUCAGCCAGUGGAGAGGAGCGAGGCCAAGUGGGUGCGCUUCUGUGACUUCCAGGAGAUCACACACAUCGCCCUCGAGGGCUGCAAAGUCAGCAUCCACCGCCAGGACAACAAGUGCCUGGAGCUGGUUCUCCCGUCAUACGAAACGGCCCUGUCCCUGGUGUCGCUGGUGGACGGCUACUUCAGGCUCACGGCCGACUCCAGCCACUACCUGUGCCACGAGGUAGCCCCGCCACGGCUGGUGAUGAGCGUCCUGAACGGCAUCCAUGGGCCAAUGCAGGAGGAGUUCGUCUUCGCCAAGCUGAAGCGGGAGGAGCAGGACGGGCUGUACAUCAUCCGCUGGAGCAUCCUCGACUUCAACAGGCUGAUCCUGUCGGUGGUGAAGAGGGACCGAGGGCAGGCCACCCCCAAAUACAGGCAGUUCCGGAUCCAGAAGAGAGGCGACUCCUUCGUGCUGGAGGGCUGGGAGCGGGAGUUCUCCACCGUACGGGAGCUGAUGGACGUUCUCAAAGGCUGCACACUCAAGUCGGGGGACGAGAGCUUCGCGGUGAGGAGGUGCUGCCCGCCGAAGCCGGGAGAGAUUUCAGACCUGAUCAUCGCCCGGAGGGUGAAGGACAGCACCCGGCAGAUCCUGAACCUGACCCAGCUCAGCUUCCACCAGAUCCGGAAAAAUGAGAUCACCCAGAGAGCUCACCUCGGCCAGGGCACUCGCACCAACAUCUACGAGGGCGUGCUGCAUGUCUGCGGGGGUGCUGGCGGGGACGACGAGGCCGAGUACUUCUCCACCGAGCAGAACAACAACAGUCGGGAGAUGCACGUGGUACUCAAGGUGCUGGACCCCAGCCACAGGGACAUCGCCCUGGCGUUCUUCGAGACGGCCAGCCUCAUGAGCCAGGUCUCGCACAUCCACCUGGCGUUCGUGCACGGCGUCUGCGUGCGAGGCUCCGAGAAUAUCAUGGUGGAGGAGUACAUCGAGCACGGCCCCCUGGAUGUCUUGCUGCGGAAGGAGAAAGGCCGGGUGACUGUCGGCUGGAAGAUCACGGUCGCGAAGCAGCUCGCCAGCGCCCUGAGCUACUUGGAGGACAAAAACCUGGUGCAUGGCAACGUGUGUGCUAAGAACAUCCUGCUGGCCAGGAAGGGGUUGGAGGACGGGUUGCUGCCUUUCGUGAAGCUCAGCGACCCUGGGGUCAGCUUCACGGUGCUCUCCCGAGAAGAGCGAGUGGACCGGAUCCCCUGGAUCGCCCCUGAGUGCGUCCAGGAUGUCGGCAGCCUCAGCACCGCAGCCGACAAAUGGAGCUUUGGCACCACCCUGCUGGAGAUCUGCUUUGAUGCGGACGUCCCGCUGAAGGAGCGCACCCCCUCUGAGAAAGAGCGCUUCUAUGAGAAGAAGCACCGCCUGCCUGAGCCGUCCUGCAAGGAGCUGGGCGCCCUGAUCAGCCAGUGCCUGACCUACGCCCCCAGCGAGCGGCCCUCUUUCCGGACCAUCCUGCGGGACCUCACCCAGCUGCAGCCGCACAACCUCGUCGAUGUCACCUCCGUGAGCCCCGACUUCCCCGUGUCGGACCCCACGGUCUUUCAGAAACGCUACCUGAAGAAGAUCCGAGAACUGGGGGAGGGUCACUUCGGCAAAGUGAGCCUGUACUGCUAUGACCCCACCAACGACGGCACCGGGGAGAUGGUGGCCGUGAAGUCGCUGAAGUCCGGCUGCAGCCAGCAGCUUCUCACCAGCUGGAAGAGGGAGAUCGAGAUCCUCAAGACGCUCUACCACGAGAACAUUGUCAAGUACAAGGGCUGCUGCAGCGAGCAAGGGGAGAAGAUCGUGCAGCUCAUCAUGGAGUACGUGCCCCUGGGCAGCCUGCGGGAUUACCUGCCCAAGCACAACGUCAGCCUGGCCCACAUCCUCCUCUUUGCCCAGCAAAUCUGCGAGGGCAUGGCUUACCUGCACUCCCUGCACUACAUCCACAGGGACCUGGCUGCUAGGAACGUGCUGCUGGAGAACGAGAAUGUGGUGAAGAUCGGUGAUUUCGGACUGGCCAAAGCCAUCCCCGAAGGGCACGAAUAUUACCGUGUCUGCGAGGACGGAGACAGCCCUGUCUUCUGGUACGCUAUGGAGUGCCUGAAGGAGUGCAAGUUCUAUUACGCCUCCGACGUCUGGUCCUUCGGCGUCACUCUCUACGAGCUCCUGACACGCUGUGACUCCAGCCAGAGCCCCCCUGUGAAAUUCAUCGAGAUGAUUGGCGCGACUCAGGGUCAGAUGACAGUGCUGAGGCUGAUUGAGCUGCUGGACAGGGGGAAGAGGCUCCCGAGCCCGAAGGACUGUCCUUGUGAGAUCUACUGCUUAAUGAAAAACUGCUGGGAAUCCGAAGCUUCCUUCCGCCCAGCGUUCAAGAACCUCGUCCCCAUCCUGAAGAACUUCCACGAGAAAUACAAGGCUCAGGCCCCCUCAGUCUUCAGCGUGUGUUGAGUGGGAUGCUUGGGAACUUGCUUGGGGAAGGACCACGGCUGCCUUCAGCUGGAAACCCUCUGGUGGAGAGGCCACUUGGAAGUGCUGGGGAGGGUUGAGACUUCACCACUUGCUGCCUCGGUGCUGCUGCUGCACGGAACCGUCCUACUCGAUCCACUUUUCCACCGUGUGCCUUGGAGUCCAGGGAACCCUCCGUGUAAGGAGAGAGGGCUGGCGAAGCUUCUGUUGCCACUUCUGCUUUGGCCUGGAUUCGUAGGCGCUCCAGUCAGGGGGAUUUUAAUCCCGGGAAGUGCAGCCAGAGGAAGCUGUGGGGCUGUCUGGCAGCCAGGCGCAUCUCAGCAAACCUCUUGGCUUGUGUCAGCGCUGUGCAGCCGGAGCGCUGUGCGUGUUGGAAGGGCUGGACGGACGUGUGAAAAAGCCUCCUUGGAGCCUAACCGGCCGCGUCCCGGGCUGCUGUCAGGAACUCCUAACACCUUUGCAGGGAGCUGUGGGGCAGAGGCUGGGCUUGAGGGGUGGGUACUUCUGGGGGUAUAGGCCUGAAUUUAGCCCUGUAACGCUGCAUCUGGGGCCAGGGGAAGCAGGGGGUGCGUGGUUAAGGCAGCUGCCGAGGGAGGGCUCGAAGCAUUUUUAGGAAGGACACACUGGGCCCGCGCCGGCUCCCUCCUCCAGCCGGACACGGGCUCCCAGCCUGCCCUGCUCUGUGGUGCCUCUCUUGGGCGUGUCCCCCCCCCUGUUCUUCUGGCCCAUCCUCCAGCUUCUUGCGAUCUUGGCCAGUUUGUACCAUAAAGCACCCCAGUGCCUGCUUCCGCUGGCAACCCCCGGGACAGCGCCGGCUGCUUCUGUAACCCCCUGGGCAGCUGCCUGGGCCCCCUCUGCUCCCCUCUCGCCUUGAGCAGAGAGACGUUCCCCCUCCAAAGGCCCCUGGGGGCGGGGGCAGGCUGCCUGAGGGGGCUGCCCUCUCCGCAUUGCCUGCUGGGCCUGGCUUUCUCCAGCGUGGAGCCCGCCCCUCCCCAGCCUCUGACCAGGGCCUCUGCUGGCCCUGCAGUCAGAGGCCUUUUCUGUGCUCCGGGGCUGCCCUUCGGUGCUCUCCUGCAGCCUUGGCUGCCGCCCAGGGGGCAACAAGGGGAGCUCCUGUGCCCCACUGGAGGGGCUGUUUGGGGCCCAGAGGGAGCAUGUGUUGGCUGCUGCCCCCAUUCACGGGAAAGCUCCCUGAACAGGCAGCAGCUGCCCCAGCCUGUCUGGCCAUGGCGCUCGAACGCCUCGGUGAGACACGUCCGCUCCAAGGGGAGGUACCAGGCCGGUCACUCUGCUGCCGCGUCCACGUGCCAGCCAAAGGGUUUCCCGCCCAGGAGCCAAGCACUGAAUUAGAUCAUGUGGUCGGGGGAGGGGGCUGGAGCCUGCUGGCCUUAAACCAAAUCCGGAUCACGAGACAAGAACGGCCUUUAUCUGCUGACCAGAUCGCAGCCCCACCCUGUCCUCUGGCCACCUUACGCCAGCGUUAGCCAGACUAGUCCUGAAAAAGCCAGUUAGCCCUUUAGUCCUGGUUGUGGGGCCGUGUCUAGAGAAGCAGGCAAACAACAUCCAGCCGAAUGCCCUCCUCCUCAGCAACAGGGACUGCUGCGCUCGCGCGUGUGCUCGGCCUGAGGGCUCAGAUUCGUUCUCCAUGCGCUGCAGAGACGGCUGCACUGCCACCGUCGGUUACGUUACAAAACCCGGUGGAGGGACGGCUCAAGCCCUGAAUGAACAAGGCCUUAGAUCCGUGCGUGUGCUGCCAACAUCCGCUCAACCAGCCUGUAGCCUUAGUGUUAGUUGCUCACUGUCUCGGCUAAAUGCCUGCAGUGGAUUUUGCGACAGAAAUGGGUGUGGGCUGUACCCAGCCCAUCUGACUCUGCAGAACAUUUGGGGUCUGGUUCACCGGCUUUGAGCAAGUGAACAUUUGUGGCACUUUAUUACUAACGAAACGGUAGCAGUUGGGUGUCCCAGUUGUGUUUGGUUCUUGGCGUCCCCGUAGCCCUCAGUCUCUUGUAGCCACAGGCUAGAGAGCGGGUGCCAUUGCCUGGUGCCCAGCGCCCAGCCCCAGAGCUGAACUGAUUGCAGUGAGGUCUAGGAGCCAAAGUCAAUAUGUUGCCUGCAGCAAUGGAAAUAAAGUCACUCAAGCGCCGAUCCCGCUGACCCUGAGGUGGUCACAGGCCAGGACGGUCUCUGGCAUUGGAGCAGCCAGAGCUGCUCCCGCUUCCUGCCCUGCCAGCUGGGCUGCAGCCGGGAAGGGACACCCGCAGCUCCAAGGGCGCGUGGCUCCCACGGUCUCCCAUAGUAAUGGGGCCAAUGCUUCAGUUUAAAAAUCACAGGGUCCCGGUCAGGGAAUGCACUUCCAAUUCCUAAUCAAAGACGUGUUUCCUUAACACAUCGAGGGCUACAGAAUGGACACCCCUGGCCAGCUACUGCAUUGGACAGCUGUGGUCCCCUGACCUCUCUUCUAGGAGGCUGCUACAUGAGGAAAUCUUCCUUCAGUAUUUGUAACAUACCUCUAGUCUUGCCUUUGUAUCUUGCCACUGUAUUUCCACAUACACAGCUCUUCCCCUGACCAGCCUCCAAAGGCUUAUUCACUCCUGGCCUGGACAACUAGGGAGGAAUCUUCUAAUGUGACCAAUGUGUUGCUUUGGCUCAAAGGAAAUAAAAGGCCUGGGAAGAGAUUGUGUGUAUAAAAGUGCAAUGUUUUUGUAAAGGAAGGAGGAUCGUUUCAUCUGAGUUAGCAAGCGUCACUCUUUCUAGAGGGAGGCCUUGGAUGGAUUGUUCCUAAAAUCACGCUGUUAAACUGUAUAAUAGUUGAUUUCCCCACCCCGUAUUUAUUGUCUGCUCUGUAAAUGUCACUGAAAUAACCUCUGCAGUGAGCCAUGUGCCUGAAGUGUGGAGCAAUGCUGCCGGCCUCCUGGGGCCAUCCUGCGCCAUGGUCUGCGUGUCGACCUUUUCCGCAAAAAUGGACUUCAGCAAUGUGCCUUGCGUCUUGCCCUUGUGCUGGAGCUGUGCCUCCCUCUCUCCCCAGGGAAGCGUGGGUGAUUGAACAAGCUGCAGCUUCCUUGCUUCUGGCCAAAGCGCCUGUGUGUACAGAGACUUUUUUUUUCUAUUGGACAGCGGGAGAUGAUUCUCUAAUGUGAACGUCACUGGUCUCAGUGCUAAUCUACUACUGGCUGGUAUAACCCGUAGCUGGUAACAUCCCUGAACUUUUCUGCAAAUAAAGUACUUUACACAGGAA